GUUUGACAGUGUGUCUGCUCCGUAGUUCAGGUGACGCGUCGUAGCAAGAAAGAAGAUACUGAGUAGGGAUCGUGUAAUGGAAUUGUUGUUUAAAGAAGAUUUUGAAGACGAUUUAAUUCCAGAAUCCGAUUCAAGUGAAUCAAGUGACAGCGAAAUGCCUGAAUCUUCAUAAAUUUCCUUGAUAAGUGACGUUGUAGACGAGGCAACAUCCGAAACAUCGUCAGGUUACUGUCCGCCUCUUUCAUCACUUACAGCAAACACAGGCUUGAAUACCAUCGUUCAGAACACUGAUGUUAUGUCUCUUGUGAAUUUACAUGUUACAGAUAACUUUCUGGAUUAUGUUUGUGAACAAACCAACCUGUAUGCUAGCCAAGUGAUUAGUUCUUCACAAAACGUUCACAAUUUCAGGAAGGGACUCCAGUAGCAGUACCAGAACUGAAGAAAGUUUUGAAGGUGAUGUUUGUGACUGAGAUAAUACAUAAACCUACUCUAAAACACUAUUAAUCCGAAGAUCCCGUUUUUAAACUCCAGUGUUUUCGAAAACAAUGGCCCGGGUCUGUUUUCAAAGUGUUUUGUCAUUUAUCCACUUCAGUGACAGCAGCAGGAAUGAUAUCAAUAAUCAGUUAAUGACUUCGAAGUGUUUGUGAAGUCAAUCAAGAACUAAGGAUGGGGGUAUCUGGACUUCAUGAAAAUUGUGACCCGUGUCUUACUUCUGGGAAGUGUUCCUCCAACACCUGCAAGCAUGGAAUUGGCUUCUGCUGCAUCAUCAUCAUCAGUACAAAUUCCAGAUAUUUUGCCGCUAAAAGAUCCCCCACAAAAGGCCCUCCAUUUCGGCUAGAUGACAUGACGAUGGAUCAUGUUUUGCUAAAGUUUCCAGCAUUCAGGAGUGACAGUACUCCCACAAGAUGUAGAGUGUGUUUAGAAACAAAGAACAAUUAGUGAAACUAAAUUGUAUUGUCGAAAGUGUGGUGUGCCUGUACAUCUUGGAUAAUAUGGUACUACACACCACGCACCACGCACCACGCACCAAGCACCACGCUCUCAGAGUGUACUGAAACAUCACCAGAAGGUGAAGACGUCCUGCAUCUGCUUCAUGGUGAGGCAUCUGUGCCAAGGUGUCCCAUCACACUAACAAUCUUCACUGGUCUUCAGAGACGACGUUGCAGAUCCUCUUGAUAACCUGUUAUAGGCCGUUGCUAAGUUUUCUUCGUGUACAACUUCACAGGGAAAUCCUUCAUCUUCUUUUGUUCGGAGUAGUACAAUGAAUAAGCCUUCAAACACCUCAAAAAUAAAAUCUUUUUAAUAUUUUCUUCAAUCGUUAUGUUUCAUUAAUUAUUAUCAUAUAUAUACCUGUUAUUGUUUAACUAUAAAUUCCUCGGCCGUUCCCAAUCUUAGGCCGAGGGUUCUUUAUCCUAUUUAGGCGCGACAAGGUAAUAAGGCGAUUCUACCAUUCAUAUCAUCUCCAAACGAAUUCAACGAACUUCUUAUAGUCUGUUCUUCGGACGCCAGUGUUCAGCCAUUCCUACAGUUAAUGUCGUUCUGAAAUAUCAACUUGGACCAAAUUUGAAGCUAAAUAUUCUGAAUUUCACUACAUUAUUAAGACUUAAGUCUUGUAGUCAUUUUUGGCGAAUAAAAAUAUUCCGUUGUGCAGCUGUGACUGACGCCUCUUAAAAUUCCGAUAAAAUGUGUUUAAAAUAGAAGUGUCAUACAGUCACAGAAUUCAGUUAGACCUGAUGCUGAGAUAAAAGUAAAUCAAUAACUUUUGUUUCCAUUAACGGAAUAGAGCACUGUUAAAUGAUUUUAUUAAAAUAUUUUCGGUUGAAGAGCUAAGCCAUUUGUUUUGAUUUUACCAAGUAAGUUGUCUCAAAAGAUUUCCAUUGUUCAUUCAUUAAUUAAGGUAAUUAUAUAUAAUUCGUCUUUUUACCAUAUUGUGAUACUUGGCUGUGAAGUUUUACGUUUUCGUUCGUACGUUAAAAUUUACGUAAUUACGGCAGAAACAACUGUGUCUACUUUUGCUGCAGUAAAUUAACUUCAAAUUAACUUGUGUUUGUUGUAUAGCUCCGUGAAUGACUACAGAAAUUAACACGAUUAAAUAAAAUAGCUCAGAAUUUCAUAGUGCUCUUUUCGUGUAAAGAGAACAUAAAUUCAAUAACACACAAACCUUAGUCAGCGAUUCCCUCAUGUAAAUAAACAUAAAAGAACCAGCAUAGCCAGUCAUUAUUAUUCUCACCUUUUUACUUUUAAUUUCGGUACAUAUUUUCAACAGUCGGCCCUAUAUACCGCAUAUACUUGGUAAAGCGUCAUUAAAUAAAAAAAGGAACAAGUACCGUUUACCCACGGAUUUUUAUUUCGGUUGUGCUACGAAACGAACGCUUCAAGAAGUGGAGUAACAUAUCAAAGGGCCACAAACUAGGGUGCUGGUGUAAUCUCGUCGUUGAAAUACUCAGCCGGAAUUGGGGGCACCGUGAGAAAGCACGAUGGACGUCCUGGCUCCUCCUCCGAGGCGGAGUGGCAGCCCGUGAUGUACGGCAUGGUGAGCAGCCAUCCGGAGAAGCACGCACACCAUCGGCAGCACCAGGGCAGCGCAAGUAAAGUCACCUGGUCAGUGUACCGGCGAGUCCUAAACUACGUAAAACAGGCCUGGACUGGAGUCAAGUUUGCGCUAGACUCGGAGCUUGAGGACCUAGAGACUCCGCCGCGGUAUCGGCCAGACAGUCUGGAGUCCCUGUGCAGAGCCACGCGGUUUACCGAAGCCGAGCUAAAACGUAUCUACCGUGGCUUCAAGGCGGAGUGCCCCACCGGUGUCGUUCGGGAGGACACCUUUAAGGGCAUUUAUUCUCGGUUUUUCCCGCAGGGAGCCAAUGCGAGUCAAUAUGCCCAUUACGUUUUCAACACACUGGAUCAAGACCACAGUGGGCUGCUUAGUUUCGAGGACUUCGUGCAGGGACUGUCCAUUUUGUCUCGAGGAUCUCUGGAUGAGAAGUUGCGCUGGACCUUCUCACUAUACGAUAUCAACGGUGAUGGCUGUAUCACUCGCGAAGAGAUGACAGACAUCGUCACGGCCAUAUACGAGCUUAUGGGCAAGUUCACGGAACCGUGUGUUGAUGAGAGCACAGUGAGAGACAAGGUGGACCGCAUCUUUCAGAAGAUGGAUCAAAACAGAGACGGUGUUGUCACACUGGAGGAGUUCCUGGAUUGUUGCACAAGGGAUGAAGACAUCUCUCAAUCAAUGGCCGUCUUCGACUCUGCUUUCUGACGUACACCUGUUCGCGGUAAUCCGCCGCCAUCGUGGUCUUGAGAGAGCUACUGAGCCGUCCAAAUUAGCAAGGAGUGUUCAAAGAGUGUAACACUUAAUGAUGAGAAGCUACAGGACUGGCUCCUUUCGUUGCUCAAUGGUCUACAAACAGUGAACCCAAAAUCGGCGACUAUUAAUGCCAGAACUUUCAUUUUGUUUAACCAAGGUGUUAAUUUAAAGUGAUAUAUACGGAGAAGUCUCUUCGAUGGAUGAACUGUAUCUGUUGAUACUGCUGAUAACUGAGAACGUACAAUGAUAUAAAUUAUAUUCAUCACUCGUUGCUGUGUAGUCCCCACUUGACAAAGAACAAAUUUCUAAAUAUUCUUUAGACUGUUACACUUAUACAUAUAAAUCGUUGUAUAUGAAUGUUUAAAUUAUGUAUGCAUGUGUGUAUGUAUGUGAGUCAAACUUUUACUUUAAAUUUAUUACAAUUUCUG